AUGUUUUCGAUUGAACUGGACGAAGCGCUUCAGCGAAUUGUGAAAAUAUAUUACCGAAUGGGAAUAUGGCAAAGGGACGAAGAGUCCAAUUACCGUAAAAUCGGAAUGAAAAUGUUUUACACCUUUUUUGGUGCACUUUUCCUGAUAUUCUUCGCAACUAACGCUUUUCUAUGUGAUGAUCGUAAUGAAUCUAUAUUUUCAGUACAGAUUUCAAUUACUGCGGCGAUUUUAUACGUGAAAACUUUGUACGUCCUGUUUAACAAACAAGAAAUCCUCGCAUUUUUAUAUGAUCCGAUCGUUGUUCAUUCAAUUGAAAAUCGUGAAGAAUAUGACGAAACAGUCAAAAAGAUCAACAAAUUCAUGAAUUUCGUACGGCCAUAUUGUCUGGCAAUAUUUUUAACUGUUCCAUUGCUGAUUGUAAUAAAGUUGCCAAUAUUCUCCACCGAUAAAGGCUUGCCUCUUUUUAUCAGUUUCUCAUGGAACCAUUCGGAAAUUAUUUAUUGGUUCGCGUAUUUGUUGGUGUCAUUGUCAGGUUUCUUGUACGCUACAAUGAACUUGAUAACCAUACUAAUUUGGUACAUGAUGUUAAAUUACUCUAUUGAGUACGAUCUGUUGGGAAAUAAAUUGAGAAAAUUAGGUGUGGUGAAGAAAACCAUUUCGAAGAUAGCCAAAAAACAGAAAGAAUUCAGGUCGACACAACGAAGUGGGUUCGUUGAAGAUUUAAUUGUUUUGGUAAAAGCUCAUCGGAACUUGACCGAAACAGUAGAGCGAUUCAGAUCCUUUUUCUCACCGAUAUUUUUGUUUCAAAUCACAACCAGUGGCAUCAUUAUUUGUACCUCAGUUUACAGCUUAGCCUUUACUUCGAACCAAAACAUCGUUCAACCAGUAUUUUAUGUGGUUGUGCUGCUCUACGCAAUUUUUGAUAUUUUUUUGGUUAUGUACCUGGCGAAUGACAUUACCGUUACAAGCGACCGACUGUCUUACUGCUUAUUUGAGUCAAAUUGGAUUGAGCAGACACAAUCGUGUAAGAAAUAUGUUCUCAUCAUGGGCGAGAUGUUGAAGCAACCUCAACAACUUGUCGUCUUGAUAUAUCCAAUGAACCUGGAAUCUUUUAUGACGAUUGUCAACGGUGCCUACAGCAUGUUCAACAUCUUAAAAAGCCUUCAAUAAAAAAGCAAAAAUGGUACUAUGUGUGUCAAAAAACUGUUCACAAUGCAAGUGAUGUAUGUAUAGUUUAAACCCGACAAUUGAAACACUUUUCCACCAAUUGGUGAUUUCUCGUCAUCGACAAAUUCUACUUCCCCUCUACUCUGCUGCACUUGUUUUAUCAAUUAUGUUGUUUGAAUAAACAGAAACC